AUGCAACAUCUUAUCUAUAGUACUUGCUUAGUUAUAGCCGUUAUUCAGUGUUACCGUGUAACAAGUGCACCAAUGAUGCCAAUACAUGAACCAAUGAUACCAAUACAUGAACCAAUGCAUGAAGUAAAUGGUACAGAACCAGAGGUACUACAUUCUAUGUUAAAUGUUGACAGUAACCAUUCAAUGACUGAAGGAAAUUGGACGGAUUCCAAUUCACACAAAAAUCAACCACGCCCUCCUUCAAUGGGAAAUUCAGGAAUGAAGAAACCAUCACCGUCACUUCAAGGUAUCGGACAACCACGUGGUCCACCGUCUGAAAACAGAUUUGGUUCAUUUGAUCCCACCGAAGAAAUUGGCGGGGAACAACAUAAAAAUGGUAAUCAACGUUUUGGUGAGAAUAGACCUGAAAAUUCUGGUGAUGAUAAUGCAGAAGCAGAUGAGCCGUCAAAAUCAAAAUCAGUGGAAGUCUUGGUCAAAGUUGUGGUCGACGGUCAACAAGACAAAAAGCGCAUGCAGUUCCAACGUCCCUAUUAG